AUGUCUGAUGACGUCACGAGAAGUGCGCGUAAGAUGGGCAAACUGGCGUCGAAUACUCAAGCAGUCCUAGAGUCGCUGAAGGCGGCUCGGAGAAGCUCCUCUGGAGUUUCAACAUCUUCAAUUCUUUCUGUUUCGUCUACUGCUCUUUCGCAAGCCAUCAGCUCAAUCGACAACGGGAAAAGUGCUGUAAUUGUGGAAGUUGGUAGUAAAUUGACAAAAGUUGGAUGUGCUGGAGAAUUAAAUCCUCGACUGAUAAUCCGAACAGAAUAUACCGAUGAUAACGGAAACCUAGUGACUGCAGAUGAGAUUCUGGCAUUGAACGACCGAAAAACUGCUUCGAAAUCUAUUGAGUAUUAUGAGGAUCUUCUUCAUAAGUUCUUGAAAAUGAUAUUUUUAAGAGUUCUGGCACCUACUGACCGUCCAGUGAUUGUUGUCGAAAGCAUGUUCAUGUCAGAAGAUCUUCGAAAGACCAUGACAAAAGUUAUUGUGGAAAGAAUUCGAUGCAAGUCUCUUAUGUUUAUGCCAUCACAUGUUUGUGCCACGUUUCCGUUCAAUACACAGAAUGCUCUGGUUGUAGACAUUGGAUAUUCAGAAUGUGUUGCUGUUCCGAUUAUUGAAGGAGUCACAAUGCUCAACGAAUUCGAAUCAGCCCGGUCGGUUUGUGGUCGCCAAUUGGAACGAAGAGUUCGAGAAUUAAUGGAAAAAUACGGUCAGCUUGAGGAAUUGGGUGGAGAGAGAAGAGCACUUGAAGAAGCUGAUUGGGAAGAUAUUAAUAAUAUUCGACUCAUCGAAACGCUCAGUGUAUCACUGAUUUGUCUGGACCGAGAAAGAUCGGAGAAAUGGAAGGAGUGGGAAGCAGCAGAAGGAGAGAAGCCAUCGAUGGAAGUUCUGUGUGAAGAGAACCUAGUACCAGUUGGUGGGAAAAGUAUCGUUGUGCCGCCUGUGGUUUUUGAAACGUCCGUAGAAAUCUUCUUCGACGAAUCUCUGAACCCUGAUUCUUUCGAUUCGAGUCUUCCAAAAAUUCUACAUCGACUAGUUUCAAAGUGCUCAAUUGAUCUUCGCAGAAAACUCUUCCCGAACAUUCUUCUCGCCGGCGGAGUUUCUACAAUUCCAGGUCUUAUGAAACGAUUAGAACAAGAGAUUCAAUAUAUCGAUGAAAAAAACGAGACCAAAUUCGCUGAAGUCGUUAAAUUCUACCAGUUUUCUGAGAUCAAAAACUCUCCGCUGUUCGUUUCGUGGGUUGGUGCAAGCUUGCUAGGAUCGUUGCGAGAGACUAUCGAACGGAGAAGUCUAACCCUGGAUGAAUGGAAAACUGGAAAAUUGGCUGCCGAUUGGACUGAUAUGAUAGUGAAAGCUCGUUAA